AUGGAGGCUGAGAACCAAAACACGUUUACAUCCUGCUGUGCAUCCCAGAGCAGCAGCAGCUCCUCCAGCCCUGACGCGCCGCCUCCAGAAAACCACGCCGACAGCCUGACCCACCACUCCCCCACCGUCGGCACUGUUAUCCCCAACCGGAUUUUUGUUGGAGGAAUGGGCUCCAGCGUGAAUGACGGCGACCUGCGAUGCGUCUUCUCACAACACGGUGCCAUAAAAGAGGUGAAGAUUGUCACCAAUCGCUUUGGAAUGUCGAAAGGAUAUGGGUUUGUUACCUUUGAAACCCAAGAAGAUGCGCUGAACGUCCUGAGAAACGCCAAUGGGAUCUGUUGCAAAGACAAGAUGCUCCUCAUUGGUCAGGCCGUCAGAAAGCAUCAAACCUCAGGACGAACUAAGAGCGCCUCCACGGCCAGCUCUGAACCUGCGACCCCUCAGCAGAUGUGCCUGACCACGUCUACACCCUACACCUACCACAACGGAGUGGCCUACUUCCACUGCCCCAACAUGAGCCCUCCUGCCCACCACUGGCCUCCUGCACGUCAGCUGAUGCUUCCUCAGUCCCACCAGCCCGUCUACCAGCCUGCAGCUCAUCAGCACUACCAGUGUGUCCCAAACCAGUAUCAGUGGAAUGCUGUCCAGCUGGCCAUGCCCUCCAGUGCAGCCGUGUUUUCCCAGCAGUCGGAUUAUGUUUACCAGCCUGCUGAUGGAGGCUCCAUCCAGCCUUCUGUCGCUGUCAUGGAGGACGGCGCUCCAGAGUUUGUGGAGCCGACGGUGCAGCACGUUUACCCGCUUUAUGCUCCGAGAGCAGAAGGAAUGACACCCAUUGUUCUGCAGCGUGACCCUGUCAAGAACCUGAUGUUCCCGCCCUCACGAGUCCACCUGAAGCCAAAGUACUGCCGCUACAAGGACUUGUACUAUGUGCCGGAGUCAACGGAGCCGCCAGACGUCUCCACGUUUCAACCUGUCAUGUAG